AGAGGGAGAGGGAGAGGAGGAAAAAAAAAGGCAGACUGGACAGUUGUUGUGCAGAAGGAGCUGUGUGCUAUUAUCGCCCAGGCUGCCGUAGCUCUUCCUCCCAGAGCGCACUCCAGGCUUUUUAAUGAAAUGUACAUAAAACGUGAAUUGUUUCCCGAUUCAGUGAAGAGUGCAGCUGAAGAAGAAGAGGAGUGGUCAGGGACGGAGUGGAUCAGUAUGCACUUUUAGGUUUAGACAUCGCCUUGAACGCAGCAACAUCGCACAGCAGCCUCAAGUGCGUUUAAUCUCCGAAGUUGUGUCAAGCGGGGGAUGAUUUGCAUCUGAUUGUUGCUCAACUAUCCGGAGAGGACUGCAGACGGGCAAAUCGCUGCAUUGUGGCAACCGAGACGCUGAUUCCUGCCCGAGGAUUGCACAAGCCGUUCUCCCAAAAUGUCAUCUCAUGCGAAAGUCAAGAAGGACAAAGAGAUUAUUGCCGAGUAUGAGACCCAAGUGAAAGAGAUCCGUAACCAGCUGGUAGAGCAGUUCCGUUGUCUGGAGCAGCAGUCUGAGUCCCGGCUGCAGCUGCUGCAGGACCUGCAGGAGUUCUUCCGUCGAAAGGCCGAGCUCCAGCUUGAGUACUCCAGAGGCCUUGACAAACUGGCCGAGCGCUACUCUGCCAAGAUCCGCACCUCCAGAGAGCACCAUCACUUCAAAAAGGACCAGAAUCUCCUGUCCACUGUGAACUGCUGGUAUUUGGUCUUGGAUCAGACCAGGCGGGAGAGCAGAGACCACGCCACUCUCAGCGACAUCUACAACAACAACGUCAUUGUCCGUCUGGCACACGUGGGCGAGGAUGUCAUCAGACUCUUCAAAAAGAGCAAAGACAUUGGGGUGCAGAUGCACGAGGAGUUGGUGAAAGUCACCAAUGAGCUCUACACUGUGAUGAAGACGUAUCACAUGUACCACACUGAGAGUCUCAGUGCUGAGAGCAAGCUGAAGGAGGCAGAGAAACAGGAGGAGAAGCACAUUGGCAAGGCCAACGACAUUGGUUCCAGCCUGCUGCGGUAUGGCCAGGACGAACGUCCACCGCGACGGAGCUCCGUCAAGAAGAUGGAGAAAAUGAAGGAGAAGAGACAAGCCAAGUACUCUGAAAACAAGCUGAAAUGCACUAAAGCCCGGAAUGACUAUCUUCUCAAUCUGGCAGCUACCAAUGCCCUGGUGGCCAAAUACUAUAUCCAUGACGUCUCAGACAUGAUAGAUUGUUGUGACUUAGGUUUCCAUGCAAGCCUGGCCCGCACCUUGAGAACCUACCUGUCUGCAGAGUAUAGUCUGGAGACUUCUCGCCACGAGGGCUUAGACUUGCUGGAAGGAGCAGUAGAUGCGAUGGACAUCAGAGGAGACAAGUUGAAGUUUAUGGACAUGCACAGCCAGAUCUUCUGUCCUCCAGCACGCUUUGAAUGUCAGCCUCACAUGGGGGAUGAGGUGUGUCAGGUGAGCGCGCAGCAGCCUGUCCAGACAGAGCUCUUGAUGCGUUACCACCAGCUGCAGUCUCGCUUGGCCACGCUUAAGAUAGAGAAUGAAGAGGUGAGGAAGACUCUUGACGCCACCAUGCAGACCCUUCAGGAUAUGCUCACAGUGGAGGACUUUGAUGUUUCGGAGGCCUUCCAGCACAGCCAAUCCACAGAGUCGGUCAAAUCAGCUUCCUCUGACUCCUACAUGAGCAAGGCAAACAUCGUUAAGAGACGAGCCAAUCAACAAGAGACUGAGGGCUUCUACUUCACUAAAUACAAGGAGUACUUGAAUGGCAGCAAUCUCAUUAUCAAACUGCAGGCCAAGCAUGACCUUCUGAAGCAGACGCUAGGAGAAGGGGAGAGGGCUGAAUAUGGAACAACAAGGCCCCCCACUCUUCCCCCUAAACCCCACAGAUUUCGGAAGUCUAGACCUCGCUCCGUUUUUAACCGUAAGCUGUUUAACGGCAAUAUGGAGGCCUUCAUUCAGGACUCAGGGCAGCCUAUACCAGUGGUGGUUGAGAGCUGUGUUCGAUACAUCAAUCUGUAUGGUCUUCAGCAGCAAGGUAUAUUUCGAGUUCCAGGCUCUCAGGUCGAAGUCAACGAUAUUAAAAAUGCAUUUGAAAGAGGAGAGGAUCCACUGGUGGAUGAUCAGGCUGAUCAUGACAUCAACUCUGUGGCAGGCGUUCUUAAGCUCUACUUCAGGGGGCUGGAAAACCCGCUGUUCCCUAAAGAGCGUUUUCUCGACCUCAUAUCCACGACGAAGCUCGACUCAGGAGCAGAAAGAGCUCAUCACCUUCAGCAGAUAAUUGUGACUCUUCAGCGGCCCGUGAUCAUCGUCAUGAGAUACCUGUUUGCGUUUCUAAAUCAUCUUUCUCAGUACAGUGAUGAGAACAUGAUGGACCCCUACAACCUGGCUAUUUGCUUUGGCCCCACAUUGAUGCCAAUACCAGAUGACCAGGACCCUGUAGCCUGCCAGGCGCAUGUUAACGAGAUCAUUAAGACCAUCAUCAUCCACCAUGAGGUCAUCUUCCCGACCCAGCGUGAGUUGGACGGACCUGUGUAUGAAAAAUGCAUGACCGGCGGGGAAGAGUACUGUGAAAGCCCCCACAGUGAGCCAGGAGCUCUUGACGAGGUAGACAAUGGUACUGGACCCAACACUAGCGAUGAAGAGCUGGAGCAGAUUGAGGCUAUCGCGAAGUUUGACUAUGUGGGCCGAACUCCGAGAGAGCUUUCCUUCAAGAAGGGAGCCUCUCUGUUGCUCUACCUGCGAGCCUCUGAGGACUGGUGGGAGGGCCGACAUAACGGCGUGGAUGGGCUGAUUCCACAUCAGUACAUUGUGGUACAAGACAUGGAUGAUGCAUUCACAGAUAGCGUUCCAAGAAGUGAUAGUGCGGCCAGCAGUGGACCACAUCAAGAUGAACGAGCCUCAUCCAGAAAUGACCGCCAAUCUCCUUGUGAACACACACCUGAGCGCCUUUUUGGAGCAGCAUUGGGAAGGGUAAGGGUGCGAUCAGAUGGAGCUGCAGGUCCGCGCCACAGGAACGGCGCUGGCAGUCACAGCCCCACGAGAGCUGCAGACCAGCCUCCUAGGGUUAUGCCUCGGCCCUGCAGCCCACACAAAAUAGCAGUUAGCAGGGGCCCAGCAGACAGUCCCGAGAAGCGACGUCUCACCACAUUUGGUAGUGCCGGCUGCGUCAACCACCCAGACAGAAAGACCUUCGUGGACAGCCACUCUCAACGAUCUUCACCCAGCACCACCCGGCACGCAAGUUUAGGGGAUCACAAAACCCUUGAGGCCGAAGCACUCGCUGAGGACAUAGAAAAAACAAUGAAUACAGCUCUCCAUGAGUUGCGCGAGCUGGAGCGACAGAAUGUAGCCAAACAUGCCCCUGAUGUUGUUUUGGACACAUUGGAGCCCCUCAAACACCCCGGUGGAGCCCAGGAUCCGCCCGGCAGCCCUCUCCACACCAUGGUGAUCAGGGAUCCGGAUGCUGCCCAGCGACGUAGCAGCAGCAGCUCCUCCUCUGAGACCAUGACUACUUUUAAACCUGCUAUAUCAGCACGUAGACCGAGCGCACCUCUAAGGCCUCCGCCUGUCAGACCCGUCCGGCCUGCUCCUGUGAUCGGACAGGGUCAGGGACCACAUCGCUCCAGCAGCUCUAGCUCCUCUGGUCUGGGCAGCCCAGGCAUCACACCCACUGACAGGGUCUUUCCUAAACCUCCCUCCCCAUCACCGUCCACCUCCUCCUCAUCCUCAGACAAACAAGGUAACAUGUAGCUCCUGUCAGUCACACGUCAACUGGCUGAAGAACACUGUGGAUACCAAGUGAUUGUGAUUACCAUCACGCCCCUGUACCUCUUUUUGACAGCAAAACAAAACAUUGACACCCGAUCUGUAUGAUGAAUAUUUACCACUAAUCUCCAAAAGUGUGGGACGGCUACUGCUGGUUUCUGACAACUGUGCGCCAUCACAUUAGCUUGUUGGUGGACAAGUCAAUGUACUGUGUUACAAUAUUACACAGAGAUUUAAAUCUAUGAAAAUAAUUAGCCACCGUGCUGAACAGCAAUGCUGGAUAAAAAAGGGAUUCACUGGAAAAAGUUUCUGUUAUCUCAUGUUAUUAGGUUACAGAAUUGCUGUGAGCUUGGACUUGUGUCUGGUUUCAUAUUACAUUAUGAGAGAAAACUUAUGGGAAUAUUUCACCGCUAAUAAUGUAGACAUCCAGUCUGUGCUGGUGGUUGAUGUAGUCUAUUAAAACUAUAACUCCUUGGGUGCCAUUUUCCUUAGAGAGCCUGUCCCACAGUGCCCGCAUAUACCAGCGAGCGUAAUGUUUUCUGCAGAUAGAAGACACUGUGGCUGUGUCUGAAAUAACUCUCUGUUUGCUAUGUAGUGCACUUUAUUAACUCUCUGCCACUUUUUCAGUGUGUGGUCUUUGAGUGGGAAAUUUACAUCCACUGGAUAUAGUGCCCUUAAAAAUCUAAUUACCAAAUGGAUGUAUAUGAGACCCGAGGCAGGGCCCCAUUCAUUCCUAUGAAAGUUGCUUAGUGGCACAUAGAGCCAAAAAAGUUCAACUACCUAGGUUUUAAAAUUACACAAAUCUUACGCAUCAUGGGGCCAAUUGAACAGGCGCACUAGAGACUUCGCUGGCCUACUAGCUAACUUUCAGAUUUAACCCUCUGCUAACUUGAACAGGGAUAAAAUGUGCGUUGGAUGAAUGUUAUUGGAACAAAUAAUUCAAAUCUUGAUCGUGAAACAAGUCAUUUUGUGGGGGGUUCUGAUACUAUAAAAAGUGUAUCCACUAAUUCACAGAUGUAUCUUGCACAAUGUAAGUCUAUGGGGGAAAAGUCUUUAUGGGCCUCUUAGCAUCACGGGAUGUAAUUCAACAGUUUGGCCAUAAUGUCAAAUUGUCUUCAAAGCCCAGCACUGUUCCUGGAGCCUUGGUGUUAAGUCUUUUCUGCUAACAAUCCAAAAAUACAAUGUGUUAAAUACAGUUGUGUGACAUUUCAUCAGGCCCCCACGACCACCGCUCAGCCUUGAAUCCAAAAACGGACCACCAUUAUAAAAGACUCAUCUGUAAAACUGUUGACAGGACUACUCGAACUGCAAGGUCAGUUCAGAAUGUUUCUAAUAUGAAUUGUUGAUCCAAGGAUGUUUUAUAUUUGUAAAACUUUCCUUGAGCCAUGAAAAGAGAUUUUAAAAUCUGUGACGUCAUCUCAAUGUAAAGUCUAUGAGCCGAGGGGGAACUUGUGGGCGGGGCCAGCAGAAGAAAUGCUCACAUUCAGUGGGCUGCAUACUCCGAAAGGAAAUCGAAUGCUACAAUAUUUUUUGGCGUAUGUGCCAAUUAAGCAGCUCUCAUUGGACUGAAAAGGCGCCAUUUUGGGGUCCUGUAUCCAGAUCUAAUAAUACAUCCAUGCGCUACACCUGUUAGUGAUGAAAAAUGAUGCUGAUCCAUAAGCUUUCUCAAUUUAUUGUCCACUAUAGAGUAAACAGUUGAGAGUUGGGAGAGAUGUGAAUGAGGGAGUGAUGGCAGACACAGCCCAUGGCUUAAUGGUAAAACCAGGGUUAGAGUUGUAUUAAGUUGCAGUACUUCUAAUGGCCACUAGAUGCUAUCUCCAAGGAAAUUACAUCUGCAUUAGAGCCACUAUUUAAAGAAGUAAAUACAUUUUAAAAAUCUGUGGCAGGUGCUUGCCACACCAAAACACCCCAUACUAAUCCAGCCUAUGGAUAUUCAUAUAUUGAUUACAAAGGGCUGAAAGCAACUCCUAGAUGGCCCCAAUAUUCACUGGGUUUGGCUAAUUUUUCUCAAAAGUUAUCAGAAUAAUUUGAAAAAUGCUACAUGCUAAUAGCUUUAAACUAAAUGGAAACAUCCUCCAUUUCUCUCUUGGAAUGCCCAAUUAUUAUUUUUUCCAAAAGAAGAACAAUAAGAAGUUCCAAACAUAAUGUCUCGGUAAAACCUACUGCAGGAUAGUGUCUUGGUUACAGUUGUAAUUGAUCAGUAGUGGCUCGUCUGACUGGGGGUGGCAGCAUCACCGGCGAAAAGCAUGGGUUCGGACCAGGUUACUGGUAGCAGUGCAGCAGCAGCACAGUCAGCAACAACCUGAGACUCUGCCUCUGUUUGUUGCAUCCCCUCAGCAGUGAACCAGGACUGUUACAUUGUGACUGAUAUUUGAUAAAUCCAUAGUGUUUGCUGCAUGUCAGGACUGGCAAGCUGUUCCAAAAUGUACUUCUUACGCAACAAAAUAAAACUUAUUUCAGUCAAAUCUAUAUUUUCCCUUCAUUCAUUAAUCUGAGAACAGGUCAAUGGAUGGCAGAGGAAGGCCGGGCUGCAGGGGCACAGUCACACAUAGGACACUUACAUUACUGUGGACAUUAUAGACAUGCCAACCUUAUAACUAAUACAAGGAAAUAAAAAUUAAAAUCCACAAAAUGUUCUUAUAAUGUAGUCAUCUCUCUAUAUAAAAAAAGAUUAGCUGUGUUACCUCAAUAAACAAGUAAAAGGUUCUCCUACAAUACAAGUGACUAAUGCACUUAUAAACACGACAGGGAACUGUGCUGCAUUUGUAGGUUCUGUGUUUUCAUUUUGAUGAAGUUGUACUAGAAACAUGAUAUAGCACAUCAGUAUCAUUGAAGCUUACAUAAUGUCUAGAUUGCACACGGUCCGCUCGGGCCGUGUGGGUGUUUAGAUGAACUUGUUUACUGUUGGUGGUGUUUGUCGUCUCUUAUAAGGAUGAUCAAUAUAUCUUUAAAGUGUAAUAGGUACAUUGGAUUGAAUAUAUACAUACUGUUAAAGGAUACUUGUAUAAAUAACAUUGUAUGAUAGGAACAGGAUAUAUUAUCAUGUCUAGUCUGUAGAUUUUUGUAACUCUUAUCCUUGCACAAACAUUAACAAAACAAUAAAUAAGUGAAACCUCAAA